CAUGGAUUCAACUGUGGUCUGCUUGUAUUUUUUAAUUCGAUUUAUUUUUAGGGAAUUUUAUUUUACAAUGUUAAAUGACAUUUAACUGUAAAUAAAAUCGAUACAUUUUUUUAAGAAAAAAAUCAUUUGACAUUUUAUAUUUUUGACGAAAAAUUACCAUUUUAUAUUAGACUUUACAAAUCAGAUCAUGAUGAAUGCAAAAAAUUAUUAUUUCACAAAUCAAAAAAAAUUUGUUAUGUAAUGUUUAUAUAAUAUUUAUUUUUAUAUGUAGAAAUUAUGGACGAAGUUUUAUUUAGAAGUGGUCGUAGUUUAGAAAAUUUACAGGUCCAAGGAGAGUUGCUUGCUAUAAAAAGUAAAGAAAUAUUUUCCCAAUACAUAACACAAACAAAAUCUAUUAUUUUACAAGCAUGGAACAGUUCAAAAUUGGAACAUUUAAAACACCAAUUAAAAGAGCUUUGGAUAUAUGCUUUAACUGUAGGAGACAGCCUAAAAGACCGCUUUUUAUACUUUGCCAAUCCCAGUCAUCUAAUUUUAAACUUUUCUAAGGUUUUUGGGAGAAAAUGGACCUCCAGGGACUUAUGUUUUUGUUGUGCUGGUUUUCUGGCUGGAGGUUUGGUUGGCAUUGUAGUUGGAUUAUCACUUAGAAAGAACGAAUCUGUAGUUAGGUAUAUGCAAGCAAUAAAAUGCAAUCAUUAUUUGGGUGCUGACUCUGCUACAGUGGUAGAAGAUGCUAUAGCACCAUAUGAAUGUGGUGAAAAUGAGGUUCUAGUAAAUGUUAAGGCUGGUUCAGUUCAAGUUAUAGAUGCUCAAGUUUGUUUGGGGUAUGGAAGAAAUUUAAGACGAAUUUUAAGAAGAAUUUUUAGGCAAUCAAACUCGGAUCUUCCAAUAGUCUUAGGUAGAGACUGUUCAGGAAUUAUAUCAGAUCUGGGUUGCAAUGUAAAAAGGCUCGAGGUAGGGGAUGACGUGUGGUUGACUGUACCGUUUUGGUCUCAAGGUUCACUAUCUCAAAAUGUUUUGGUGGACCAAAAUCGAGUAUCAAAAAAACCAAAAAAUAUCGGUUUUGAAGGAGCAUGCAGUUUGCCUUAUGCUGGAUGUUUGGCUCUGGCAGCACUUAAUAAAGCCAACCUUAAUGUAAAGAAUGCACAAGACAAGAAAAUUCUUAUUCAAGGAGGUUGCACACCAGUGGGUUGUGUUCUUAUUCAGAUAUUAAAGUUUUGGAAUGCAAACAUAACAGCUACCUGUUAUAAACGCGCCACACCUGUGGCAAAGGCCUUAGGCGCCACUGAUAUUAUCAUAUUAUCCGAUGAUAACGAAAACGAAUCGGAAAGAUUGUUGCCAAACGCUCUAUUUAAAGAACUAGAAGUAAGAAAUACCCUAUACGACGUAAUAAUUAAUACGAAAGAAUGUAGUUUGACUGAAAAACAACUUCAACUGUUCUGCACCAAAGAUGGCGUUAUGGUGACCAGUCUUCCUCCGAAGCUGGCUUCCGACAGUAAUGGGUUUUUUGGAAAUAUUGCCCUUGGCGGAUAUAUUAGAAUGAGAUAUUACAUUAUGAAAUUAUUUGGAGUAACAAUGGACGAUUUUGACGAAAGCCACUUGUGUCAUGAAACUUUAGAUCAACUUAGUAAUUUGGUAGAAUUAGGAUACCUCCAAACAGUUGUAGACAAAGUAUUCCAUCCACAGGACAUUGAGAUGGCGCUGGCACAUAUACAAUCUCCAAUCUCCAUUGGGAGCACAGUCAUUACUUUUAGAUGAUUAUAAAUUUUAUUUAUAGGAAAAAUGUAAUUAAAUUGUAUAUUAAUGUUGAUAAAAAACUUGUGUUAUGAAAAUAUUUAACGAGUUAAUUGGAUUUUUACACUCGCAAAUUGUUAUAACAAUAUUAAUAAUUAUUAUAAAAAUGAAUGUACAAGUAUGUUUUUAAAUUAUUAUAUAAUUAGUUUAUUAUUUUUAAUAGUCAUGGACAACUCAAUCUGUAGAGUUGGUUUAUCAAAUUUCUGACAAAAUAUGUUGACAAAUAGUGCCUUUUUACUGCCAACUGUUUUUAUAGUUUUAUGUAUACAACCAAAUGAUGUCUAAUAAAUUAUUUGUUAU